UGAUGAUGUCGAACUCCGCCCUCACAAUGUUCUCCCCCAAGCACGUGUGCAGCGGUACGUACGACCUCCAAGUAUUCGCAACAGCAUCCAAACUGACAUUCGUAACGUCAAAGCGAACCACCCCCAUUAAAAUACUCCUUGCAAUUAUUUGCUGUCUUUAUUCUGGCGUUGGAAACGAUUUCGACAUGUUUCUUCCUUAAUGGUUCUCUGUCCAUUUUACGUUCUGUCAGGGAUAUGCAAGACGGGCGACAGACUGAUAUGGCCAAGUUUAAUACGUUCUGGGGAGAGUUUCGAAGAAGACUUCAAAAUGUCACUUUGCUGGCCACUGUACUCUUAACUACGAAUGUCGCCUUCCUUGCUAUCCAAUCCGUCGAUCAGCCAGGAGUGUCUUAUCUACCUCAGAAAUGCUGCUACAUUUCUAUUAUGGUUUCCUUGGGCAGCAUUGUGGGUGGGUUUGCCCUUCGGAUGCCGAGAGUUCUCGUAUGUGAUUUGGUCCAUAAUCUAAUAGUCGACACUGUUGACGUCCCAAUCAGAAGGGUAGCACAGCUUUCUACUUGGACGCCAUCUCCCUGAUUCUAGGGUUUCCGUCUGCACUCUUCUUAUAUGGCCUCCUCUUCUUCUUUUUCGCUCUCAUAUUUCACAUUGGCGAUUCUGGACCAGGGCUUUGGUUAUACUGGGCCUUCACG